CUAAUUGUUGUUGCGGGGGAUCGAACACAGGUCCUCCCUACCAAGUAUAGUCCCAAUCACCACUACACCAACACCCAAUUGGUUAGGGAACCAGUUAUGGGAACAUACAGUAUAUAAUAUGUCACUUCCAUGUAAACUUCAUAACAAAAACUCAGCAAACAAUUUUUGGAAGAAAGAAAAAUAAAAAUGAAAUUUCCUUCACUAAUCCAAAUUUCUGAGUCUUCCAUUAAGCCAAAGUAUGAAACAAAAGAGGCCAAGAAACCUUAUUACUUAUCUCCAAUGGAUUUAAUGUUUCUUUCUUGCCAUUACAAUCAAAAGGGUCUUCUUUUUACUAAAUUAAAAAAUGACGACCCAUUUUUCAUUGAUAAUCUCUUAGAAAGCCUAAAAAACUCUCUUGCUCUUACUCUUGUUCAUUUCUAUCCACUUGCUGGCCAAUUUGAGUCCAUCAUCGAUAAAGACCAACAUCGUAUGUUGGUCUUCAUCGAUAGUAAUAAGGGCUCGGGUGUUCGAUUUGUCCAUGCUAAAUUAGAUGUAACAAUAUCUGAUAUUGUUACACCAAAUGUACCUUCCGUGGUAAGGUCAUUCUUUGACUUUAGCGAUGGGGAACUCAAUUUCGACGGCCAUACGAGGCCUUUGUUAUCGAUUCAAGUUACGGAAUUGAUUGAUGGGAUAUUCAUUGGUUGUUCUAUGAAUCACGCUAUUGUUGAUGGAACUUCUUAUUGGCAUUUUUGGAAUGUAUGGUCCGAAAUACACCGUGCUAAUGGAAAAGAUGUUAGUAUCUCUCGUUCGCCUAUCCAUGAUCGUUGGUUUCCUGAUGGUUAUGGCUAUAAAGACACUUUUUUUCCAUAUGUCAAUCGUAACGAAUUCAUUCAUGAAUUUAACCCACCUCCAUUUGAAGAGAGAUUCUUCCAUUUCUCAUCAGAAACAAUAGCAAAACUCAAGGCAAGGGCUAAUCAAGAAAUAACCAACAACAAUAUCGUGAUUUCAUCCUUUCAAGCUCUCGCGGCAUUUCUCUGGAAAUCUAUGGUACAAGCGAAAGGAUUGAAACCAGACCAGCAAACCCACUGCAAGUUAGCUGCUAAUACCAGGACAAGAUUAAACCCGUCGUUGCCUGAAGAAUACUUCGGCAACUCACUUGUAGUACUAACAUCAACUGUAACAGUUGGAGAAUUGUUCAAGAAUAACUUAGGGUGGACUGCAUCAGUGGUGCACCAGUCAGUGGUUAACCUUACCAACAAAACAGUAAACGAUUUUGCAGAUUCAUGGCUCAAGUCUCCUUUCGUAUUUAGUCUUGAUCAAAAGUUGGACAAGGAUGAAGGCAACUCAGUACAAGUAGGAAGCUCGCCUCGAUUUAACAUAUAUGGGAAUGAGUUUGCAGGACUUGGGAAACCUAUUGCAGUUCGCAGUGGAUUUGCAAAUAAGUUUGAUGGCAAAAUUACUGUCUACCCGGGAUUCGAAGGUGGAGGAAGUGUAGAUGCCGAGAUAAGUUUGUCGAGUGCUUACAUGAGAGCUCUUGAAUCUAACAAGGAGUUCAUGGCUGUUGUAUCUUCACCAUAAAAGAUCGAAAGAUCGUAGUUACAAGAUCGGGUAAGGCUAGCUUAUGGCUUAUGCCCCGUAGAAGUAUGAUAAAUUUGCUCGUAACUUUCUUAUUUGAUAUUGAAUAACUUAUUUUAUGUCCUUUUUUUUUAUUAUGAUAACAUUGGUGCUCAAAUUAUGUGAUGUAAACAAUUGGAAAUUUAUUAUGGUUUUCAUAAAAUGUUUAUGUUUUUUUUUUAAAAAAUUUAUUUUAUUUAUUUGGUUCGAUUGAUUGAUAAUUAGCUUUCAUUUUAAUGUUUUAGUUGAAAGGAAAAUGAAUAUUGUAAAUUGGAUCAACAACAUAAACCAUUGAUCACUAAAAACUUUUAAAGUAAGUGAUUGAGAUAAGAGCUGAAUCAAUCCUCUUUCAUGGGCCAUGCUGUCUCUUCAAAAAAUUGGCCCAACUAGGAACAAACCCAUUUAAACUCGAUACAAUACGACCACAAGUAAUAGUGUGAUACCAUGAUGCGCCAUAGAUUGUGCAAAAAAAAAAAAAAAAAA